GGUGCCUUUUCGAUGUCCGGUUCUUCCGAGGAGCUGGAGGAGGUCUGGGUGGAAAGCCCAGAGGAGACAAGGGCGAGGGCCGGGCCACCGCCGCCGCAUCCUGUUCAAGUCGAGCAGGCUCUUGCGCACCGCAUAUCGCGGGCUGUGGCACGUGAGCUCCCUUCCUUUGUCGGCCCGAUCGUGUGCUACAUCCCUUGGCAUCAUGCCGGCCUGACCUCAAUGAGAAUCACGGUGGAACCUAUGCGAGAGCAGGACAGGGCUCACCAGAAUCUCUUGAAUUGGGGCGCCGAUGGUCCCAGGGAGGACCUCCAGGGCAGGACUGAGGGCCCAGGGCUGGAGGACCGCAACUUGUCCUACCUGCUGUCCGCGGCCAUUGGUGACGCCAUGAUGAGGCAUGGCAGGCCCACCCAAGUGGUCCUCACACGGCUGGCGCCAGAGAUCACUGCCCCGGAUAGGCGAGAGGCCAUGCUGACGGCGAACGUUCGCAGGAUGACACCUGCGGAAGCGGGCGAUGAGCUGGCACUCUGGACGGGCAGCCCAUCCAGGCUGGGGGAAGCGCUGCCAUUGCGCGUAUGGCAGGCCCACAAGUGGUCCAGGCUGGCGCUGAUCGACCAUGCGUUCGCGGAUGAGCUGAGCUGGCAGCUGGGCCUGAUCACCCGUGCGGAAGCUGAGGAGCUGACGGCUCAGCUACGGGCUGCUUUGAUGGCGGAGGAGGCAGAAGAGGCCGCGGCAUCCUCGACGACCCCGGGCACGACCAGCAGGGUGGAGGCCACAGCGGGUGCAUUGACAUCGACCACGGCCCCGCCUUCGACUCCGACACCGACUCCUCGAUCCGCGUCAUCGGCGGCACCGAAGCCGAAGCCUUCCAGGAAGUGGGCAGCCUACUUGAGGAGUCUUGUGGUUUUGUCUUCCGGGUGGUUUCUUCAAGGGAUCAGCCAGCAACUCUGCUUCUCAGGCGACCUCGCCCCUUGA